AUGCAUCCGAUUCGACCACCGAUUCCGCCCAAACCGAGGCUUCUCAGCGUGCCACACAAUCGGGACUUGCGCGACAGUGGUAUUUCCGUAUCGGACGACCCAGCCGCAUCGAUGGAUUCGCUCCGGCCAACGAUUAGCACCUCCGAUACGAGCUCCACACUGGGUACGCCGAGUGCUGUGCGGCAAUUAGCGACUCAGUUCGAAACGAUCGCACUGCGCCGCGGCAGUCCCAGUCUGCAGCGAACGACCGGUGAGGAAGGUAAAACACCACCCGUGCCACGGAAACCAUCCACCACGCAGCUGAUGCAGAGGCUCCAAACGAAUGUCGAGAGGACUCUGGCCAUUGCUCCAAAAGCUCCCUGCCUUCCAAUUCUGCGUUUGCCGCACGAUCGAACGCAGCUUUCACGCAGUGCGAGCAGUAUCGCGGAAAGGAUAUACGAUACCGUUUACGAGAGAAAACAUUCGGAACAUCACAAACAAAACCCUGUUGAGGCAGUCUACGAAGAAUUAGAUGAUCCAACCUUAACCGAUGGCUAUUCUUCGUUUGAGUCGUCCACUGAUGAUGAAGAUGAAACAGGAAAGGAAGGAAAGAUCGAUAGAAACAAGUACUACUACUCGAUAACUCCGGACAUUGAAGUGACCGACUACGACACAACUAACCCUGUCGAUCAUAUUAGAAAAGUGAUCACCGAACUGAUCGAGAAGGAACAGAAGUACAUUGAAACGCUUGACCAGGGCAUUCGUAACUACGUACCAGCUAUGUACGCCCAAACACUGCCAGCAGCACUACGCGGCCUAAGAAACACUAUUUUCAUCAACCUCGAAGAAAUACUACGCACCCACAGGGACCAACUGCUGCCCGAUCUGGAGCAUGCGGUAGAUCUGUCAUCCACGUCGGAACUCAACAGUGGCCGAAUGGCGGAAAAUAUUGCCGAAGUGUUUUUGAGCUAUAUCGAGAACGAUCGGUUCUACUGCUACGUUCAGUUCGCGAUGCAUCAAGCUGACUCGGAAACGUUACGAUUACGGUACUACGAUUACUUCCGCAAGAUUCAGCACGAUAUUGACGAUAAGCUGGGACUGAACAGUUUGAUGCUACAACCGAUACAGCGAUUACCGCGAUACAAGCUGCUGCUGAACGAGAUGGUAAAGGACUUGCUAAAGGACGGAAACAAAACGUGCACGAUGAGUCGAAGGACGGCCAUACUGUGCAAGGUUGACAAGCGGCUUAGUAUACUGAUCGAACGCGUCAAUCAGGCCAUCAAUGUGCACGACAUCCGUCAGUGUAGUGGUAGUCAGGUGACGACAAACGCCAACUUAAAGCACGGAUCGGACAUACCGCUGUCAUUGAUACUUCAACCGGAAGGCAAUCGAAAUCCGGCUCGAGAUACUCCUAUAAAUCUCCUCUACCAGGGCAAGUUCCAGCGGCUGUUUCUAGUCGACAUCUACGAUACAAACGUUCGCCGGAAGUAUAGUGGAAAGCUGUUUGCAUUCGAAAAACUACUCCUCUACGUUGAAAUACAGCGCGAUCGGUUGGAGUACCGCGGUCACUUCAGCGACAGUGAGGUGUGCUAUCUUGAGGAAGGUAACCGUCUUAUCCUUUACACUGGUCCACGUGGUACGCACGAAAUCAUCAUACAAUCAGACACCAACACGGAACUACAACCGCUAGUGGCAACCGUACACACGAUGACAAGGGCUGUGAUAUACGAUACGGUUAAAACUGACGACCGUACAUCGCCGGAUAUGCUGAAGGAAGCGGAAGAAGAUGAGCAGGAUCUCCCAACAUCCAACGAUGCGAGCCAUAGUUGGGAUGAGCAGAAGCUAACGGCGUCCUUGGUCGAGGCCCAACGACGAUUUCUUGAGGUGUUGAAGGCUAAAGGACGCUUCUAUCUGGACACACUCAGUUCGGAGGGAAAGACGAAGUUAACACAUUUCAUCAGUGCUUUCAAAGCUAUUGUGGAACUUCAUCAAGCGAUCUUGCAAGACAUUGCCGAACCUCACGCGGAUCCAGAUAAAAUUUGUCAAUGUUUUGACCGUUACUUAAAGACUGACGUUUUCGACCCGUACUUCGUUUACCUGCGUGAGUUCCGGAAAGCUACAAAGUGGAUCAAGCACAGCCAAACCCCUUCGAACUGCAACAGUCGCAAGGUCAACCAGUUCACGUUCCUUUGCAUCGAACACAUGCAGGAGUACAGCCGCUACUUUAACGUACUCAUUGUCAAAUACUCUGAAAACAGUACGCUCAACAUCCCCAUUGAUAAGGAGCUUUUUCAACGUUUAGCGUACGUGCUGGUACAUCUAAACGCGUUCCGGAAUAACCUAGCGAUCAACUAUGAGCUUUUCGUGAUCGAUGAACAGGCAUCUGCUUAUGGAUUAGUGUGCCACAACGAACGUGUCGCGAUUAUCAAUCCUCCACACGCUGCCGAUGCCGGCUCGUGUCGUUUGUUCGUAUGUGAAAAGGCGGCCAUCUGCGUUAAGGUGCAGGAUGUUAAUGAGCAUGAACAGCAAGUGGAACGAUUCGUGAAGGUUCUAUUCUUUGACCGCUUUCAAGGUCGUGGAGCGCCGAUGCGUAUGCGCAAAAGCAAACGUCAACUGCAGCGACUGAAUUUCCUGAUCGAUGGGUUAAAGUUUCGGAUAGAUUUCGAUAGUACGCAGGCUCAGAACACGUUUUUCAGCAGCUACGUGAACCAGUACACCAUGUAA